AACGUUUUGCAUUUGUGUGUGAAGCAUAAUCAGCUUGAGGUUCUGAAGGUGCUAAUGGAGAUUGAAUGGGACCGGGAGUUGUUGAAUGCGAAGGAUGGUAAUGGACACAACAUUCUGCAUUUGGCUGUUGCUGAUAAGCAAAUUGAGACUGUGAAGUACUUGCUGAAGACACAUCAAAUUGAUGUGAAUGAAAUGGAUGCAAAUGGGAAUACAUCAUUAGAUAUUUUAGUACAGAGUCGUAGGGACGUGAAUGAUCUAUCCAUCGGUGAGUGUCUUCGAGAAGCUGGAGGUUUAAGAGCAAAGGAUAUGUCAAUGUCCAUCAUUCAACAUAGUACCAAAAUUCCCAGUGACUCUGGUGGAAAUAACCAUUCUCCAGUAUCUUCAGCACCAGUAUAUUUAGGAGGAAAUCAGGCGCCAUCAAAAGGCGAUUGGCUUUCCAAGAAACGCGAAACAAUAAUGGUGGUGGCCUCACUCAUUGCAACCAUGGCAUUCCAAGCUGGAGUGAACCCUCCAGGAGGUGUUUGGCAAGAAAAUGGAAAAUUGGAUGAUUGGGGAAGACCCUUACAUAAAGCAGGGGAAUCAGUAAUGGCUUAUAAUCAUGCAAAACCAUUUCGAUAUUUCCUUCGUGUCAACACCAUUGCCUUUGUCUCUUCUCUCAGCACAAUCUUGCUGCUGAUAAGUGGAUUGCCCUUCAGGCGUAGGCUUUUCAUGUGGGGUUUAAUGGUUAUAAUGUGGUUGACAAUUACCUCAAUAGCACUCACUUAUGGCAUAGCAAUUUACAUCAUCACGCCAAGGAAGGACAGGGAACCACUUGGUCAGAUCAUUGAAAUGGGAAUAACAGUAUGGUGUGGCUUAAUGGCACUACUACUACUUGGUAACACAAUACGUUUGUUGCUUGUAUGGCAGAAAAAGAAGCAUGAAAUAACAACAGCAGCAGUACAAAAAUUUUUUAAUUCAGUUUAUGUCAAUGUUUGAUCUGUUGCAUUGAUAAAUAGGAGUCAGCAUUAGAAGAAAUAUUAAUGAUUGUUUUGAGAA